AUGGUUCGUCGGCGCACUGCUUCCCCAGCUGCCUCCUCUCCAGUCCGUUCGGCUCCACGCCCGGCACCAGCCCAGUCUUCAUUCUCUGCUCCACCACGACCAGCCGCUGCCGCUGCUCCAGCUGCCCACCCAGCUCCAGGAGCUCACCCAACACCAAUGGGCGCACCAAUGGGAGCUCCAUCUCAAGGACCAGGAUUGAUGGCUCAAAUGGCCGCCACUGCUGGAGGAGUCGCCAUCGGGUCAGCUGUGGGACACGCUGUCGGAGGAAUGUUCACCGGAGGAGGUUCCAGCCAUGCUGCUGAGCAAGCUCCAGUUCAACAAGCAGCUCCAGUCGGUGCUCCACAAGCCACGACUUACGCUCAGCCAUGCGAAUUCGAGUGGAGACAAUUCGUCGAGUGCGCUCAAAACCAAUCGGACGUCUCUCUCUGCAACGGAUUCAACGACAUUUUCAAGCAAUGCAAGGCCCGAUUCGCCUAA